AUGGCUAGACAUCUAAAACAGACCGGCUUAUCUCAGAAAGAACGGGUUGGAAUUGGGCUAGUUACUUCAGUAGUGGUUACCUCGCUUGGAACUAAAGUUUUGGCCGAUGAUAUUAUGCCUUCAAUCAUUGCCUCGAUCAAAAACAGCUAUAAAUUAGACGUGCAACCGCAAAAGAUACUUUUAGGCGAACGAGUAUCAACGCGCAAAGCUUCUUUUUCCUUUUUUGGCAAUUCGUCAACUGAUAUCGCAAUUAUGAAAAUGCGGAUUUUGGCCGCCGAUUUAAAUAUUGUUGUUCUUGAUAGCGAGAUUGAUAAGCAGGUAGAAGAGGUUUUGAAAACAGCCAGACAAGGCAAUCUUCUUUUCCUGUCCUACACUAAGACCGUCUCCUCUGAUCUCAAAAAGUACGCCAAGUCCGUCUUUGGUAAGAGUAAGGUGUACACUUUAGCUGAUAUAGGCCGAGUACUCGAGGCUAAAACAGUUGUCAACCAAAAGAAGGCCGGACGGCCCAAUCUAGUGGCAGACUCCAUUGAAGUUCUUUCAGACACUGCUGUUAAAAUCACUGGCUAUGUAGAGAAAGGCUUUACUUCUUUUAACGUGCUUAUGAAUGGUACUUUACCAGGUAAAAUAGUUCAAAUCACCGCACCCAAUGGCCCUGUGUGUUUAAAGAGUCUUAAAACUCUUACUAAAGACCAGAUCUAUGGUCCUUCUCUUAGUCCUGCUGAAAACAAGUUUAUCUCGUUAGUUGAGCAGGUUAGAAUUACCGACCAGCCCAUGGAGUACUCCGAUGACUCACUCGGAGCCAUUCAGAUGGACGAGAGUGAAGAAAACCAUCCAGAGUCCAAUGAAGAGGAGUCUUCUGAUAGUAUUAAUAGCUCUGAAUACCAAGCUGACUAUGCGGAGGACCAACUUAACCCGGCAGCUGAUUCAGAAGAAGAAUCCAGUGAUCUCUUACCUUAUGAACCUAUGGAAACAAAUACUGAUGAAAUCAGUGCCCUUACCAAUCGCUAUCGCGGCUUCAAAGGCUUCCAGACUAUUAAUCUUGGUAUGCAUAAGAACGCUAAGGAUAACAGCCAGCUCAAGCUCUUCCGUAUGCAAAACCUACCUGAGUACUACAAGGACCUUAGCUUUGUCAGCUCCGAACGGGCUCGCAAGAAGAUUCUCGCUAAGCCAAGCCCAGUACCCGUCCGCGUGCCUCUAGAAAUCGUGGUUGAAGUUGAAGGCGGCUGGAAUGCUUUGCAGCGUGUUAUUGCUGAUGGGUUUUUGAACCUCUUUGGUCUGUUCGAUUAUGAAGGACUUCCUACUAUUGUUACGCUGGAAUUCUCUUCUCAGGCUAAUAUUACUCCGGAAAUGGCCGGCACAGUUGUUUUUGACUAUGGCUUUGCCCUGGCUAAACCAACUAAUAUUGCUAUUGGAUCUGGAACUGAGAUUAUUAAGUGCCGUCGGGAAGGUAAUUCUGGGACUCUUUGUUUUGUUGGUCCUCUUAUCCUGACAGAAAGUAAGAUUCAUCUUAUUCACCACAACGCUUUCUUUGGUGCUGGAGUGCAAUCUCUAAGAAAAGACCCUAUUCUUAUCAAAACCGUUGUUUUCAAAGGACUUCCUGUCAAGAUAAGAAAGAGAUCCUGUGUGGUUGGUCGUAUGUUCAAGACUCGAGAUGAAGUUCUUUACUUCCGGCACAUCAAAAUCUACUCCAGUGAACGCAAAGAAGGCCGUAUUAAGCGCCCACUUGGCCAGCACGGUCUAAUGAAGUGCUACUUCUGCCCACCAGUUAAGCAUGGUGAAAAGAUCUAUAUGGAACUGGCCAGAAGAGUCUUCCUCUCCCAUUCACCCCUUCUUACUCAGCCCAAUCCAUAA